AUGAGGUUCCUCACGGGACUGCUCGUGCUGGGCAUGUCCCUUUGGACAACCCAAGCCUACGAGAUCGGACUGAGCAAUAAGGAAGGCUACCAAGAAUACUGUACCGGCAUGUACAGCAAGUCCUCAUGGGGCGGACCAGUCGAUCCAUUCAUCCUUGUCAAGUUCCUCAACAGCAGCGACUCGGGCGUCAAGGAUCCGACAGCAAGUCUUGUGAUAUUCGAGUGGAAGGACAGAAAUCUCGUUGGAAUACCUGAUCCCGAUGUUCCCGGAAACCGACUCGGCGUCUGCGGCGACGAUUUCGUCAAGCAAGGUUACUGCAACAAGACCGACAUUGGCAAGUUCAUCUUGAACCCCGACGUCGACAAGAAAUCAUCUAGCAUGGUUCUCACCAAGGCUGUUCAUCUCAACACGGCCGCUCCCAUCAACUACGCUAUCAAGAAAACUGGCUACUACUGCGUCCUUACAGACGUUGUCAAUACCAAGAAAUAUGACCUUGUGGUCGAGUACCGCAAUGCUUAUGGUGAACUCGAAGCCACACAGAUUCCCAAAUUGCCAUUCUAUGGCGGCAUGAGUAUCUUGUAUGCGCUCCUCGCUGCUUACUGGGGUUUCCUGUACUACCAACAUAGACACGAUAUCUUGGCCGUGCAAAACUAUAUUACAGCAAUCCUGAUCUUCCUGGUAGUCGAGAUGCUCAUUACUUGGGGCUUUUAUGAAUAUCAGAAUCGUCAUGGCUCGAACAUCGGCUCAAAGGUUUUCCUCACAAUUGUAGGAAUCCUCAACGCCGGACGAAACUCGUUCUCGUUCUUCUUGCUGCUUAUUGUUUGUAUGGGUUAUGGUGUGGUUAAACACACCCUGGGCAAGAGCAUGAUCAGAGUGCGAUGGCUUGCAGCAGCGCAUUUCCUGUUUGGCCUCGUUUACUCGCUUACUUUCCUCUCUAUUACCCCAGAGACAGCUGGCCCAUUUGUGCUCCUGAUCGUCCUCCCUCUGGCUGGUACUCUGACUGCCUUCUAUGUCUGGACGCUCAACUCCCUCAACUGGACCCUCAAGGAUCUCCGCGAGCGAAAGCAGCAUGCCAAAGAAGCCAUGUACAGAAAGCUCUGGUGGGCUAUUCUCAUCAGUGUCAUGGUCAUCUUUGGUUUCUUCUUCUUCAACAGCUUCACAUUUGCCUCUGCCAGCGACCCCGAUUUCGUCCCAUUCCACUGGAAGACACGAUGGUUCAUCCUUGAUGGCUGGCUGAAUGUUGUCUACUUUGCCGAUGUAGCAUGGAUUGCGUAUCUCUGGCGCCCUACGUCCAACAACCGUCGCUUCGCCAUGAGUGACGAAAUUGCUCAAGAUGACGAUGGCAACUUUGACCUUGGCGAUAUUGGUGUUCCAGGAGAGGACUCAGAUGAUGAGGAGGCUGAGAUCGCCAAGCCUCAAAACAACCCCUCACAAAAUGCCAACGGUCUAUCGUUCUCAAGCGCAUCUCGGAGCACCCCUCAACAGCCAAGGAACACUCGCACCGGUCCUCGCGAAUCGCUAGAGAACGAGACCAUCUUUGCCGUUGGGGAGGAUGGAGACAAGUUCUCAGACGAUGACGACAGUGACGAAGAAGACGCAAAGCUUGUGAAAGCCAAAUGA